AUGCUUGUAGCACGUACAAGACGUCUUAACACUGAUCUUUUAAGGAGAAACACAUUUCAAAAGAACCAAGUGAUAAGAACUUCCACUCUCCAGGGACCUGUAGCACCAAGUAGUGCAACUGAAAAGUUGCCUUUACCAAGACUCCCCAAAGUUGUAUCAUCAAACAAUCAGUCAUCAUCAAAUGGUCGUACUAGAAAUCUUCUGUGUUCCAAUUCUACAACUGGAACAAGUAGUAGGGUUCAAUCUGCUCUCAAUAAGGACUCAAAUGUACGGCAGACUUCAAUCAAUUAUCAGCCUGUUGGGGUUCCUGUGGCAGAUGUGGCUCCUGUUAUAGAAAUCCCAACUACUGGGGGACCUGUAACAGAAAAUGAAGGACAAAUCACAGGUAGCCCAGGUAGAGAUACUGGUGUUGGACACAGUCACACCACCAAUGAGAAGUCUAGUAAUGAAGAUGCAGUGGAAAGCGUGAUUGAUAUUCCAAUGGAUGAUGGGGAUUUUGGUGAUGCAGGCUAUUCUAGCCCUGAGAGAACUCCUGUUAUAGUAAUCAAUGAUGAAAGUAGCAAUGAUCAAGAAGUGUCAGCUGAGAAAGAACAUAGUUUAUCUGACUCUAAUUCCCGUGAAAAUGAGAUACACUUGCAAUCACCAAAACGGAAAGGGUAAGACAGUAGGAAUAAAUUCUUGUACUUCUGUAACGAUGUGUGGUUUUCUGCUGGCUGAGGAGCGAAUGAAGUAGAAAUGUCUUUUUCACUCAUGGCUCGGAGUAUGGGUUCAAGUGUACAUACAGUUGUUUUUAAUGCCAUCUGCUGUUGCCUGACCUGCCCAGCUACCUAUCCACUGUUCGUGUGUUUUUUUUUCCUUGUUUUAGUUUUAAUAUUUGUGAACUGAACCACCAUAUUUGGCAUGGCUGACUUGACAAAAAUGGUGAAAUUUGAGAUACUUGUACUAGAGUACUACAUAAUAGAGAGAAGUCCUUAACGUCACAUUGCCAUGGUAGCAAAAUUUCUGGAUGACAACAAACCCAAAAAAGUCACUUACAAAGUGACUUUGCACUGUUUCUGGCUUAUCAAUCUUAUUCAGGUUCAAUUAAUUUGUCAAAUGUUGGCUAAAUUUGCUGGGGUUAAAUCCAAAAGGACCAUAUUUAAGUUUAGAAAAAGAAAAGAAAAUUGUGUUGCGUUCACCUUCUUUAUAAAGUGGGUGCAUGAAAUUAGGAAGUUUCACAUCAGUUGUGCAAUGACGGCUAAGAAAUGGAGAAAAAGCGUGAUACAAAGUUGAUGUUUUGCUAUGUAAACUUAUCGCUUUUGUCCUUCUCAUUGCUGUCACCAUUGUUGUUGCUUAACGUCCCUUUUGUUGUGAUCCAAAAUUUUGGUACCGUGGUAAUGUGAUGUCAUACUUUUCCUCUCUAUUACCAGACUGUUGUUGUGCAAAAUCUUUGUGAUUAUGUUUGCAGAGUUCAUCCCCGUAGGAGAGUCCCUCAAGGAGACACUAGGUGAGGUGAUGAAACAAAAAUGGUUAUACCAUUAUGAUAAAAAAAACCCUGAACAUGCAGGCCUGAAUUUUACAAAUUAUUUACCGAGAUUUCUUAGCAUUAGGCAAAGGCCUUUACUGUGUACCUUUUAGUUUUAUCGCAAAUUAUAUUAAAAUCUUUGCUAUUUUUAUAGUUGCGGGCAACAAGAGGAGGCCACAAUCCUAAUCUCCGGGUUGUUAUUGCGCAUGUGUCACAUGUAUGUAGCCAGCAUUAGUUUGCACUUCCACUACAAAUGAAUGGAAUGCACUGAACACAAUUUAAUCACACGUGUUUUGACCUUUUAUCACGUGAAACUUGCACAGAGUACAGCAUUGGAGCAAAAGCAUUUUGGCCUUCAACCAUUGUCACCCGCACUCCAUAACCUUUGGCUAUUACUAGUAUAUUAAUGUCUUCUUAGACACAAAAAACCUACAAAGUUAAUGCCAUUUUUAAUAUUAUUUCUUGGUUGAAUAGAGAAUAUAAAAAGUAAUAUAUAUUUUUUCAUAAUGCUUAUAACCUUAAGGAUACCACUUGAUAUUAACAAUACAUUUAUUUCAAUUUGUUGUGAUAUUUUAUUUUUUGACCCUGAUUAUUUUCUUUUCCAGCCAAUCAGAGGUGGCUGUUUCGACUGCCAAGCAAGUUCCAAAGUGUACCUAUCAGGAAGUUGAAAUGGACGUUAUGUAUGCAUCAGAUACACUAACUCCA